AUGACUUCAGAUCUUUGGCGUGCGGUCGAAAGGCUGCGUAUGAGCGCCAACGAGCACGAUUUUGACCGUGAUAUGUGCAUCGACGGUACGCUUUUUCAGCAGAGGCCAAGGAAGCGAACCAAAAUAGAUACUCAGGCUCUGAAGAGGGAGCUGGAAAAGGACUUCCUCACACCGCAGACGUCUUUUGACGUGGAAUGGCUUGAUAAGUUACAACAAGAAGGUUUGGAAGGCAAAGUUACUGGCUACAAAGAGGUCACCGUACCUGCCAAUAGCGCCACCGCCAAGAAUUCGACCUCAUUACUCAGGAAACCAGCUAAUCGUGCUGACUUCGUUCGUGGAGCUGCUGGAUUCUUUCCGUUUGCGCCAGGCGGGCUUGACGGUGUAACUGCCGUUGCUGCGCAUGAAGACCAAGCCAUUCAAGAAGAGCAACAAGCCAAAGGCAACCAAGGGAGCAGAUUAGACCGUGUGAUCGAUUUUAGUUCGCAUGCUGGUUUGCUCGAGAUACCGCCCGGCUUUGACAGAGGACUAGAUUUAACGAAGGAUAACAAAAAGCUGGACGAGGCUACUGCAAAGCAAGUGGAAGACACUCUAGGAGCAGAGCCUAAAGAAAUAGGUACCUCUGAUGGCAAAGGGGCUUCCGGCGUCAACGGUGUCUCGUUGGAAGAACAUGAGUCGGGUGACAGCGACUCAAACGGGGGGGACGAGGAAGACAUUGACUGCAUACUGCCCGUAGAAUUUCCAGCCCUUGGGCCUCAUGGUAUCCUAGCAGCGUCGACGAUGCGGAAAGGCGGCAGAGAAUGGGCUCACAUGGUUGACGUGAAGAGAGAACUCACUAAUUUUCAAGAACUUGUGCCCCAUAUGGCCAGGACUUGGCCUUUCGAGCUCGACACUUUCCAGAAAGAGGCCGUAUAUCAUCUCGAAAAUGGCGAUUCGGUCUUCGUAGCGGCUCAUACCUCUGCUGGGAAGACCGUCGUUGCUGAGUAUGCAAUAGCGCUGGCAGCCAGGCACAUGACUAAAGCUAUCUACACGUCUCCAAUCAAAGCCUUGAGCAAUCAGAAAUUUCGAGAUUUCAGAAUUGGGUUCCAAGACGUGGGCAUCUUGACAGGUGAUGUCCAGAUCAAUCCAGAAGCUAGCUGCCUUAUCAUGACAACGGAAAUCUUAAGAAGUAUGCUCUACCGCGGAGCGGACCUACUCAGAGAUGUCGAAUUCGUCAUCUUCGAUGAAGUUCAUUACGUUAAUGACUUGGAGCGGGGCGUCGUUUGGGAAGAAGUAAUCAUCAUGCUCCCAGAGCACGUCACUCUCAUCCUUCUUUCAGCAACUGUUCCGAAUACCUACGAGUUUGCUUCCUGGGUAGGAAGAACAAAGAAGAAAGACAUUUAUGUUAUCUCAACCCCGAAAAGACCAGUGCCACUGGAACACUACCUGUGGGCUGAUAAGACCAUGCAUAAAAUCAUCGAUGCGGACAAGAAAUUUUUAGACAAAGGCUGGAAGGAGGCAAACAUAGCCAUGUCAGGUAGGGACAAGAGUCAAUCUGCGGUUGAAGCCAGUGGAUCAGCUACUCAGCGCGGUGCGUCUAAUGCCAGAGGAGGCCGUGGCCAGGUUCAACGUGAUGGGCCUGCGCGUGGAGGCCAACAGCGUGGAGGGACACAGUCGCAGGGAAGGUUUCAGGCUCCGCGAGGCGUCGGGAAUAUCGCUCGGACAGGGCGGGGCGGAGGUCGAACAAGUGCUGCGCAGGACAGAAACAUCUGGGUCCAUCUCAUUCAGCAUCUAAAGAAGCAUGAUCUUCUUCCCGCAUGCAUCUUUGUCUUCUCGAAGAAAAGGUGUGAGCAAAAUGCCGACGCCUUGUCAAAUCUAGACUUCUGUACUGCAUUGGAGAAGAGCGCGAUACACAUGACAAUCGAGCGAUCAAUUGCUCGGCUCAAGCCAGAGGAUCGUCUUCUACCCCAAAUCAGGCGAUUACGGGAACUGCUCAGUCGGGGUGUCGCCGUACAUCAUGGUGGUCUUCUACCAAUUGUUAAAGAAGUCGUUGAAAUCCUCUUCGCAAAGACACUUGUGAAAGUUUUGUUUGCUACGGAAACUUUUGCUAUGGGUCUUAACCUACCAACGCGUACAGUGGUCUUUUCUGGCUUCCGCAAGCAUGAUGGCCGAGCCUUUAGAGAUCUACUGCCCGGCGAAUACACGCAAAUGGCAGGUAGAGCUGGUCGGCGCGGAAUCGACCCCGUUGGCAGCGUAGUUAUCGUCAACUCUAACAGUGACGAGGCUCCGCCUGCUGCCACGCUGAAGCAGAUGAUUCUUGGGGACCCCACGAAACUACGAUCUCAGUUUCGUCUUACUUACAACAUGAUCCUCAACCUACUCAGAGUAGAGGCACUAAAGAUUGAGGAGAUGAUCAAAAGAAGCUUCAGUGAAAAUGCAACCCAGGCGCUGCUCCCCGAGCAAGAAAAGCAGAUCAAGCUCUCCGAAUUGGACUUGGCCAAGAUCAAACGUGAACCUUGCGAAGUUUGCGAUAUCGAUAUCGACGUGUGUCACGACGCGGCCAUGGAAUACCUGCUAGCCACUGCAGACGUGCACCUUGCACUUUUAGCAUCUCCUGUUGGCAGGCGGAUGUUAUCUGCCAAGCGCUUGGUUGUAUUUCGAAAGAACGGUAUACAUACAGCUGGAAUCCUUCUACGCGAAGGCGUGAGCAAGGGCCUUGCUCCGACCCUCGAGCUUCUCUCUCUAGGAGCGAAAAACCCAACUCGUAAUCCGGGCGAUCUUUUACCCUAUCUUCCUAAAUUUCGCCCCCUUUUCGCAAAGCUACCUACAGAGGUUGCAGAGAUGGAGCUCAAGGUCCUCAAGAUCCCCUUGAGUGACAUUGACUCUGUGACCAAAACGAUUGUACAGAUUGGGACCGAUAAAUUACUAAAACACAGUGAAGAAGCGACAAAGAUCGCAGCAGGGGAAGUGGCGAAGAUCUGUGCAGCAUGGGACCAGCCUAAUUGGGACGAACUGGACUGGAGUCGGAUGAAGGAGCUCCAGACACGGGAGAUACUGGAACAUCGCAAGCAAGAAGCCACCAAAGCCCAGCAAACUCGUGCGCUCGAGUGCCCGAACUUUGUCAAGCACUUCUCUAUGUGUCAUGAUGAAUGGCUCGUCAAAGAGAAUAUAUCACAGCUGAGGCAACUAAUGUCGGAUCAGAACUUACAGCUCCUUCCCGACUACGAACAGCGAAUAUCUGUCUUGAAAGAUUUGGGGUUCAUCGACCACCACUCAAGGGUUGAGCUCAAAGGCAAGGUAGCCUGUGAAAUUCAUUCGGCUGACGAGCUUGUCCUUACUGAGCUUGUACUCGAAAAUGUGCUUGCAAAAUUCGAACCAGAAGAGAUUGUCGCUCUUCUAUCAGCAUUUGUCUUCCAAGAAAAGACCGAGGCCGAGCCCACCUUGACUCCACAUCUGGAAAAAGGUAAGGAGACGAUCAUUGCUAUAUCUGAAAAAGUCAACGCUUUCCAGACGCAGCAUCAAGUCAUUCUCUCAAGCGAUGACUCGAAUGACUUUGUGAGUCGACCUCGGUUUGGUCUCGUGGAGGUGGUGUAUGAGUGGGCCAGGGGGAUGUCAUUCAACCGAAUCACCGACCUCACGGAUGUGCUGGAGGGAACGAUCGUCCGCGUAAUCACGAGAUUGGACGAGACGUGUAGGGAGGUGAAGAACGCAGCGAGGAUCAUUGGAGACCCUGAGCUCUUCACAAAGAUGCAAACUGCGCAAGAGCUGAUCAAACGCGACAUCACAGCGGUCGCCUCGCUCUAUAUGUGA